AUGCAGAAUACAAGCUAUAACCUGUUUCAAGAGGAUGCUUUUCUACAGAUGCAAAUAUCCAUUCCUUCCUACAGCACAUGGACAUUUGUCAAUAUUGCUGAACUUUGGUUUGCCACUUGGCUCAGUGUUUUGUACUGUGUAAAAAUUGCUAACUUCUCCCACCCUCUCUUCCUGCAAAUGAAGUGGAGAUUCCCUGGGCUGGUGCCUUGGCUGCUUCUGGGGACAGUGGUCUUCUCUGCGAUCACCACCAUUGUGGCAUUAACAGGCAGUAGCAUUAUGUCGAAAUGUAAUAUAUUUGCACCAAUUCUAAGCAAUGGCAGUGACUCAGGAAUGAAAACAUCCCAUUCCUGUAGGUAUGUUUUCCUUUUUUUCCUUCUUCCAAAUUUAUUUCCCUUUGUGAUAUUUUUCUCCUCUUCCAUCCUUUUGCUAACUUCUCUGUGGAGGCACAAAAAUCUUCUACGAAACAGUGCAAGGGAUGUCAGCACAGAAGCUCACCUGAACGCAAUCAAAGCUCUGGCUUCUUUCUGCAUUCUCUACAUAGCUCAUUUGUGUGUUGAGAUUUUAGAUACAUUCAUGUUCUGGGGGGACAUUAAAUGCAUUUGGAUAUACUUAAUUGUUUUUAAUGUGAUAGCUGCAUAUUCCUCUGGCCAUACCGUUAUCCUGAUCUUCAUCAAUCCCAAACUGAAACAGGAAUCCAUGAGGUUGCUACAUCGGCUAAAAUGCUGA